CAUUUUGCCUGGAUCUGCACAAGAGUGUGCGCUUAUGCCCAUGGUGAACAAGACGAAAAGCACGUGCCAGCUGCGUCUUGAGGCUCGUUCUCGCGCCAGUUGCGCCCCCGCAGACGUCACUACCGACCCGCAACUGCUGGCCGCCGAGUUGCAGUCUCGUAUCGCGCGCGCCAGCGAGAUCCGCGCGAUCCACACGCGGCAAUUGGCAGCGCGAGCGCGUGCCCGAGUGCAACACGCCCAGGAAGUGGCCAGGGGGAUGCGCGUCAAGCGGCAUGAAGAGACCAGGCGUUCUCGGCAAUCGUCAGUCUCGAAGCUUGACGAAGCCGCGCGUCGGCGCCACGAGCAGCUGGAGCAACUGCAGCUGCAGUGCAAGCAGCGCGCCGAUCUGAUAAUGGAGAAGGUGGAGCUGGUGCGCGCCGACCAGAACGACAAGGCGGACAGGGCUCGCCGUACACUCGCAGGGCAACUCGACGAUGCCGCGCGGCGUCGUGAAGAGCAGACGCAACAACUCGUUCGCCGCCUGAACGAGCGCUGGCAGAGCGUGGAAAGUGUCAAAGACCGGGUGGCUCGGGUGAAAUUCAUCCAGCGCUGGUUCCGUCGCCAAGUGGCAAACCGCAAAACUGCCAACGCGUUGCGACAAGUGCAACAAGAUGUGAAAAAGGUGGUGAACUGCUGGAAACAGAUGAAGACUGCGAGCUUUGAGGAGUGCAUGGGGCUCGUGCAGCAGCGACCGGUGGUGCAGGCUGCACAGAGACUGCUCAAGGUGCUGAUGGCCCAGAAGGAGGACAGUUAUCGAGUGAAAUCGCCACUGGCAAAGAAGAAGAGAACGGCGGCAUCAACUGCAGCUCCGUCACCUCGCGGUGGAGCCAUGAGCUUCCGCGUGUUGAUGAUGGCUGGCAUGAUUUCGUGCCACCCGAACGAAAUUAUGGGGCAAGAUCCGUCCAAGAGAUUGCACUAUGCUGCCAGUGUGAUUCUCCUCGACAUGGAGAAUCUGUCGCUCUCUCUGGCAACAUCGGACGAUUUCCAGAGAACUCAGGACUUGACAAAGUGCGUUUCGAGACUCUCGGCCAGAUUUGCAUUCUACACUGAAGCUUUUGCACGCUGGAAGGCCAGAGAUGCGGAGCGUUUGGCUGCAGAGUUGCUGACGUCAUAUCGCGAGCUGAUGCUGGUUCAAAAGAAGUACGAACUACAAGCUCAGGAGGCGCAACAUGGCGUGGACGGCGUGCACGAGUUGCUGCGGCAGACUCACGGCCAGUUGAUGCAAAUGCAAAGAGCUCUGGAACGCUUGCUGGGCCGAGAUGGGGCCAAACACAAGGUUGACGAGCUUGAGCAGAGCUUGAAGCAAGAGACUGACGCUGGACAUGCAACAGUGGGUGGCACAUCGAGCUCCAACCCGGACGGCAGCAAUGCAUCUCCAUCUGAUAACGACACAGCUUCAACCCCUUUAGACACAGGCGAUGAAGGUGACCAAGGCAAGAAAGACGAUGACGAUGAAAUGAUGACUGACGAUAAAGAAACAUCCAGCCCGUCUCCUCCGGUUAAUCUGUCGCUACUUGCCGACCGAAAGUUGGUGCAUGAACUGAUUCUCAACCCUCAGUUCCGGAUUCCAAGGGACAAAGAUGUAGAAGCUUCAGCUGCGGCUGUGGCAUCGCAACAAUCAAUGGCGGCGAUGGCUGUGCGAGUGCGUGAAGCCAUGACCAAGGCCUUCUGGGACCGCGUGAUCGAAGCCAAUGACAUCGAGACGCUUCUAGCUCGCACUGAAGAGUUGCGUGCAACAUUCCGAGACGCUCUUGGAGGAGGCAAUGCUGCUGGAUUAAGUGCUGCAUUAUCAGCUUUGGCUGACCAGGUGGAUAAUGCACUUCGCCCGGAUCAACUGCGAGAACUUAUGCAGGAUCCAGUAAGGAAUGCUCCCAUCAUUCAAGCACGCUGCAAUGGUGUUCUGGAUGCAAUCGAGCGUGCGGAGGCACCUGCUCGAGCUACAAGCACGCGGGAGUUCCGAUCGGACUGGGCUCAACGUAUUGCAGCGGGUGUCAUGACGCCUGUACAGCUUCUGGUGGCUUUCUUGGCUUUUGCGCUGGAUAAAGUCGAUGAACUGCGUAGUGACGUGUUGAACGCCCAUCUUGGACUUCUCGGUGCUUAUCUGCAACGACAUGGCGUGAUGUACGAGCAGAAACAGCUUCAGACUCGUCUUUCCGAGGCUGGGAGUGUGGAUGCCGCUUUUCCUUUGACAGUGAAGUGGCUGACCUUGGAGAUAAAAGAUUAUCUAAACCGGUCGGAGGUUGAUCAAGCAGAGCGUACUAGACUGGCGCAGUACGAUGGAGCGGCCUUUGAACGCUUUGUACGCGCGAGUAUCUGGGCGCUAGUGGAGAAGCAUAUCGAUGGCACAGCGUCGCGUGCGUGGCCCGAAACGUUUGAGCUGGAUGUUGCUCGAGUCCGGGCUUGCCGUGACGCUCUCGACCGCAUCGCUGUAGUGUCGAGUCUUCUGGCUCUGGUUCAGGAGUACGUUGCUCGUCGCAGUCUGGCUGUACCCACUGGAUUCUUCCAUAAUGUCGGUCAACAAUUGAGCAAACUGUUGCAGUCUCCUGGAGUUUCAGGUGCGCAACUCGCAGCACAGGCAACUUUUGAUGUCCGCCAGUUGGAAAAUUUGCCAAGUCAAGAUGUUGAUCAGGAACUGCAAGUCUUGGAAGAGCGACUGUUGGGUUCAUUUGCCGCUGAUAAUCCUGUGUUCAAGCUCUUCUUUUCACGUGCGGCAUGUGCUUUCGCGUCUGCGUUAGCGUCACAAGGCAACGUGGAUAACCUACACUCAUCAUUGGCGCCGUUUGCAGCGGACAUCACAGAGGCCACUUCGAUGUUGCGACGUCUUGUCCAGCACAACGAAAACGUGUACGCGUCACUAUACAACGACAUCAUCAAGCGUCUGGCUCACCAGUUGUGAGAUGAAGUGUAAGAAGUUCGCUUUGCUGUAGGUUUUUGAUCCACUGGUUUGCAAAAAAAAAAAUGUGUUGCAGUCUUCCUAGUGCCAACCUAACUCGACAGACGUGCACCCUGGACAGCUCCAGCGCCCACGCUCGCGUCCGUGCUGAUGUUAUACAGCAACUGCGCCAGCCAGCGGCUAGUGGUUGCGUCUUCCUUGAGAGCCUCGUCGAACGUGUGGUUACGCAGAGCCUCCGGUAGACACUGGCGGAGAGCUUCCUUAGCACUGUAUAAAUAAAGUUAGAAAAAUAUUGCAAAUAGUCCGAAAUGUACGGGGGGAAAUGUACCGUGGGUUGUCCGAGAGACGCAGGUAGCAGCGAAUGAUGUGCUUGAGCAGACGCGGCGCUGGCGCUUCCACCAGCGUCGCUACCAUCUUGCUCAACACUGUUCCCACGGCGUAGAACCGCUCGGGCGUGUGGCAAAUGUAGGUGAGGCCCAUGUCGUCGAGAAGGAUCUUUUGCACGAUGAAGGUGGCGACUGUCUUGCUCAGCUC